AUGCUAUCCAGAUCCAGCAGAAAGUUUCUUAUUGUCCCUGUCCUUUUUUUCUGCCCGGUUCAUGGAACUGCCCCAGAUAUCGCUGGCCAAAACAAGGCAAAUCCAACCGCCUUGCUUUUUUCUGCCAUCAUGAUGCUGCGCUACAUGAAUCUCACAAACCACGCUGCUAUUAUCGAGAGGGCUGUUUUUGAUGUAAUCAAGGAGAAAAAGAAGUUAACCAUGGAUCUGGGCGGAAAGGCCAGUUGCUCAGAGUAUACUGAUGAAAUCUGCCUCAAGAUAAAAUCUCUACAGUAA